GGCAGUUCAGUCUAAGGAAGAGAAGGAGAAGCAACAUGGCGGCUACGGCAGGCAGCUCUCUGGCCAAACUUCAGUCACUAAAUGGACUUUUCGCCAUUUAUAAGAAACCGGGACCUACUUCCGCCGAUGUGCUGAACGCGCUGAAGGACGCGCUGCUCAGAGAAGCGGGGCUGCAGAACCCCAACAGUAGGAAGAGGAAGAAGCAGUGGGUGAAGAUUGGCCACGGAGGGACCCUGGACAGCGCCGCCAGCGGGGUCCUCGUUGUUGGCGUCGGCGACGGAACCAAAAUGCUCAGCUCCAUGUUGACUGGUUCUAAGAAAUAUGUGGCUGUGGGGGAGCUGGGCAAAGCUACAGAUACUCUGGAUGCCACCGGCACCGUGGUUCUGGAGAAGACCUUUGAGCACGUCACCAGGAUGGACAUGGAGGAGAAGCUGAAGGCCUUCACUGGGGACAUCAUGCAGGUUCCUCCGCUCUACUCAGCCCUGAAGAAGGACGGCCAGCGUCUAUCUGUCCUCCUAAAGAAGGGUCACCAGGUGGAGGCCAAACCUGCGCGUCGUGUCACCGUCUUCAGCCUGAAGCUGCAGGACUUCCAGCCUCCGCUCUUCACCCUUGAUAUCGAGUGUGGAGGUGGAUUUUAUGUCAGGAGCUUGGUGGACGACCUGGGCAAAGCUCUAUCAUCCUGUGCUCACGUGAAGGAGCUGAUCAGGACCAAGCAGGGCCAGUUCACCCUGCAGGAUCAUGUGCUGCACGAGGAUCGCUGGACGCUGGAGGACAUCUGUGGAGUUCUGCAGCCCUGCUCAGACGGGGGACCGCAGCUGAGCGGGAAACGGGGCAGGACCUCCCCGGGUCCCAACGGACCGACAGCUGACCGGGGACCAAGCCAGGACCUCCCUGGGUCCCCACGGACCGACAGCUGCCCGGGGCAGGACCUCCCUGGGUCCACACGGACCGACAGCUGCCCGGGGCAGGACCUCCUGGGCCGUCAUCAACCUGCUUCGGUUCUUUUGUUUUGGUGAAAAACUGACAUUACAAACGAGCUCUGCUCUCAUGGACGUCUGUGGACCAGCAUGGGCUGGUUCUGCUGGUUUUUGUGGGAUGAAUGACAUCAUUUUCAGUUCUAGACCAAGAAAUAAAAUUUUUUAAUUUCAUUAACUUUGUGUUAUAAAUACAGUAAUGUUUGGUGCUGAUUUGGUUUUUGUGGGCUUUUUAUGCAUCAGAACCACCAACAGUUUCUGAAUCGAACCAGAAUCAAAAGUUGGCCUCCAGUCUGGCCUUUGACACUUCUACCCACUGAUCUGUAUUCACUGGAUUGCUGGUAGGCCAAGAAAACUGAAGUCACCUGCCACCAUCUUGGUACUCCCUGCUCUCACGGAGUCACACCAUAAAUAUGCCUGUAAUGUUAUUCCCAUAACAAUCUAAUCGAUACAUUUACAUAAUUAAUGUUAUAGAUGCUAAAUUGUUCUUAAUAUCUGACCACCAUUAUUAUGCUCCAUUUACACCUUCAUUU